CUCCAGAACACUACACACAGUCAGAGUCUGACUCCUACCCCUAUCCCAGAUCCCCUAAAGUUCUCUGUACUCCUAGAAGAAGGUACUCUACAGGAGGAGAUGAAGAGAGCUGGAGUCACAGCAGUCUUCAAAGAAUUCAGAGUGGUAUAGGGAGGAUGAUCCUAAAGGAGGAGAUGAAAGCUAGAUCUGGUUGCUAUGACAACGACCCUUGGGGCAGCACUCGGAACUCCCGCAGCGGCAGCAAGGAGACUCUCACCACUGCCAGCACCGGCUACAACAGUACUGUUAAUGGCUCUCCUCGAUCCAAUUACAGCCUAGACAAUGAUCCGUACAAAUCAGCCUCUCUACCAGGAUACAGGCGGAACAGUGUCAACAGGCCCCAGAGUGCAGCCGCAGACUACUACCAACAGUAUGACAGCAGCAGUGAAGUCAACUGGGGAACCAGAGAAUACAAGGUAAGGGUCUGA